AUGCGCCGCGACGGCGCGAAGAAGAAGAAGGACAAGAGCGCCAAGGCGGGGAAGCGCGCGAGCUCGCCCGAGGACGUGAACUUCAUCAAGGACGCGCUCGGGGACUCGGUCGUGUUUCACGAGCUGGACGACGACACGAAAGACGCGGUCGCGCGCGCGAUGACGGAGCUCAGAGUGAGAGCGGGCGCUCGGCUCAUAGAGGAGGGCGAGAUCGGACGAGAGCUGUUCCUCGUCGCGGACGGGACGUUCGUGGUGACGAUCGACAAGCAAGGGUCGACGGUGACGAUGAACGAGAAGAAGCGAGGCGACGUCUUCGGCGAGAUCUCGCUGAUGUUCGAGUCCCCCAGGCGCGUCGCGACGGCGACGGUGUCCGCGACGACGGACGCGCGCGUGUGGACGCUCGAACGCGACGUCUUCCGCGACCUCACGCGCACCGCCGCCAUGGCGAGCGACGCGGGCAACCUCGUGUUCUUAAACUCCGUGCCGCUGCUCGCGUCGCUCACCGUCGGCGAGCGCGUGCGUCUCGCGGAGGCGCUCGAGGAGAAGACGUUCAAGCCGGGGGAGACGGUGGUGACGCAGGGCGAAGUCGGGGACAUGUUUUACAUCGUGCGCAAGGGAGAGGCGGUGGUGACGAAGCGGUCGAUGAGCACCGGGCAUCUGUCGUUCGGCGACGGGAGCCGCGUGAACCACCUGUUCCGCGGCGAUUUCUUCGGCGAGAAGGCGCUGCUGACGCGGAAACCCAGGGAAGCGACCGUCACCGCCGUCGGCUCGUCCGCGCUCGUGUGUCUGUGCCUCAACGCGCCCGCGUUCGAGGACCUCCUCGGACCGCUCGAGCAGCUGAUGGAGCGCGCGAAAUCCCCCGAGAUCGUCGCGCAGCGGAUGAACGCCAUAGAGAACGAAGGCCGCUGGGCGCGCGCGAGGUUCAUCAUCAAGAGCGACAAGAGCAAGAGCGACGGAGGACCAGGAGGAGGAGGAGGAGGAGGAGGAGGCGACGGCGACGCGAGCGGCGACGAGAACGGCGAGGGGAGCGUCGCGAUCGGCGCGUGCGCCGCGGAGACGUUCGCGGGGACUUUCUCGAACGACUCGUCGAUGGCGGAGAUCACGCUUCACGAGCGCGAGCUCCUCGGCGGCGGCGCGAGCGGGUACGUCCGACUCGUCGUCGCGGACGUGUGCGGGAACGGGACCAUGAAGAGUUUCGCGCUGAAGCGGAUGCGGAAGUGCGCGGUCGUCUCGACGCCCGAUCACGUCUACUGCGAGCAGUCCGUGUCGCAGGAGUUGAACCACUUCGCGUGCGUGAGGCAACACGCGUCGUUUCAAGACGCGGAUCAUCUGUACUUCCUCUUCGACCACCUCGACGGCUGCGACAUGAUGGACGCGCUCGCGGCGGUGGCGACGGUGCAGCCGUUCAAAAACCCGGACAAACCCACGGGGAGUAAGAUCAAGAUGCUCAAGGGGAUGCCCGAGGAGAUGGCGAUGUACUACGUCGCCGUCGUCACGCUCGCGUUGGAGUACCUCCACGAGAAGCAGAUCGUGUACAGGGACCUGAAACCGGAGAACGUGUUCCUCGCCAACGACGGCACCGCCGUCCUCGGCGACUUCGGGUUCAGCAAAAAGCUCGAGAAGGACGCGUUGACGUACACGUUUUGCGGGACGCCAGGGUACGUCGCCCCGGAGGUGAUCCUGGCGCACGGGUACUCCACCUCCGUGGACUGGUGGGGCCUCGGGGUUAUGACGUACGUGUUGCUCACGGGGCAGCAGCCGUUCUCGCAGAUCGUGAAAGGGAAGCCGGAGGACCCGCUGACGGUGAUGAAGCGCAUCGUCGACCGGUCGUGGGCGGUGUCGUUCCCGGUGUACAUCUCCGAGUCCGCGGUGGAUCUGAUGUCGUGGUUCUUGGAGCGCCGCAGAGCGCGGCGGCUCGGGAACUUGCGAAGGAAAGCGGAGGACGUCAAGACGCACGCGUGGUUCAAAGACGCGAAGUUCGAUUGGGACGCGAUGCAGAGAGGGCAGCUGAGACCGCGUCCGUUGGCGCUGAGCGAGGCGUUCGCGACGCAGCGCGCGAACCGCAUCGCGGAUCUGGAGAGAGAAAUCGCGACCGCGACGUUCGCGGAGACGGAGGAGGAGAUCGAAGAUGCGAAGGAGACCUUCCGGGCGUUUUGAUUCUUCGAUUCUUUCACCUACUGUAUUCUUUCGCGCGGCUUUAGGCGCUCGCGACUGAAUACGACUACAGGUACAGU